AUGCCCCACUCAUUUGACUGGGUUUGCAAGGAUGUGGUCAAGAAACUUCAAGGAAAAGAUCUGAAGCCUGUCAAACGUCUGUCAGAUGCAAUGAAGUUCCGCCACUUUGAGAUACUGCAGACAGAUCCUCAGUCACUGUUUUGGAAAUCUGAAGACAGUCCAGUUGGAUAUUCCCUCCUGAAGAUCUUAGAGCCAAAUGGUCCUGUCCCAGAGCCUGAAGUGUCAGCUCCCAUCCCCCUCAAACACACUGUAUCCCGGAAACUGAAGGCUAAUGCAGGUGUCAACGCCAUUGCAGAAGGAAGUGUGUCAGCAGAGUUUGCUCAGUCCUCUGGAUAUGACAUCGAAGUUCAGUGUACUAGCAUCCCAGAUUCAAAACUGGAAAGUCUUCAAAACAGGUAAAAAUUUGGGAAGCUGCUGGAUCAGGAGCCAUCAUUUGUGAAGAAUUGCCGGAUGGGAAGGAAGGAACUGUAUGUGGUGACAGAGGCCUUUGAAGUGACCAAGAGUACUGUGCUGGAAGACAGUAGCAGUGUAGAACUUUCAGGAAAAGUGGGCAUCCCCCACCAGAUUGCCAAGGGUCAAGCCCAGGGACAAUGGCGAAGCGACAGAACGGAUUCAGUGCCUAUCCUGAAGGGUGCAGUGGUGGCCUACAAGAAGAAGCAACUGGUCAUUGAGAAUAAUACAUGUGCCAUUCUCCUUUCUGCUAAUGCUAAGAAGAAAACCUUUCUAGGUAUUCUACCUAAGUUGCAAAGUAGUUUUGCUGCCUCAGCUGAGAUGGUCAGAAUACAAUGGGAGAUAAAUUACAUCUCUCCAAUUGGAAGGAUAGAGGAACCCUUCCAUUUAGAUUUCAAUUGCCUACAAAAUGAAGUUUUCCGGAAAACAAGGGAACUGUCCAUGCUUUCAAAGGAUGUUCAAGAUGUUGUGUUCUCUAGCCUCCUGCCCAUGCUCAGUGACAGGGAGAUUCUGUAUGACCUGAUGAACAUGCUGGAAUUGGAUCAGUUGGGGCAUAUGGAUGGCCCAGGUGGUGUGAUCCUAGAUAUGCUGCGACAGGACUCAAGACCCCCAUGGAUUGACCUAAAGAACCUCAUUCUUUAUCUUCUUCAGGCCCUAAUGGUGCUGAGUGAUACCCAACUCAGUCUGCUGGUCCAGUCUGUGGAGAAGAGGCUCCUCUUCCAGCAACGAGAGCUGGUAAAGAGCAUCCUGCAGCCAAACUUCAAGUAUCCCUGGAACAUCCCCUUCACUCUCCAGCCACAGCUUCUUGCCCCACUCCAGGGUGAGGGCUUGGCCAUUACUUACGAAUUGCUGAAGGAGUGUGGUCUGAAGAUGGAGCUGAAUAAUCCCAGGUCAACUUGGGAUCUGGAAGCCAAGAUGCCUCUGUCUGCCCUUUAUGGGAGCUUGUCAUUAUUGCAGCAACUUGUAGAAGCCUAAAUCUUCCUCAAGGUCUGGCCCCAGCUCAGUCCAUGCUGAGUCCUGGAGACAUUAGAGAUGUGGCACCAUGGCACACACAAGAGUGGUGUUUUCUGUGCCUGUUCUAGGGUGGUGGGAAUAAGGAUGCUGAGGGUUUUUCUUUUGAUUUUACUAUUCAUUCACCAUUUUAUAAAUAAUAUGUUUUGAUCGUAUUCGCCUCCUCCCAUUUUCCUUUUUU